AUGGGUCUACAAAGCGCUUCUUGCGACAUUUGGAGGCUAAAAAUCCUGCCUCAUUGUUGUCGCGUGGGCAACAGGCGAAAGUGUCUGGCUGGCUCUAAUCUUUGCUGGAAGAGACCGACCGACAUCCGGUUCCAGGUCGCGUCGUCCUCGGCCAACAUUAAUCCACCCAUGCCUCCUCCGGCCACCGCGCCCCCUUCGGUUUCGGGUGGUUUGUAG